CCGUCCCAGCUUCUCUCCCACAGCACACACACCCCCCUCCGAGUGUAAAGAGAGCAGCAGCGGCUGCCCCCCCACCCCCCCACCCCAAGCAGAGCAGGGAAGACGGUAACACCAUGUCUUCGAUCACUCCCAAUUCUUCUGCCUUCGCAGCUGCUGCUGCUGCUGCUGCUGCUGUGACCAUUGUAUCCAAGUGCACGGUGUGCCCCGACAGCGACUCCUCCCUCGGCGAUCUCCCGCUCUCCGUCUCCGACCUCCCCAUGCUGUCUUGCCACUACAUCCAGAAGGGACUCUUCUUCCCCUCUCCCCAGAUGCCCAUUGCCUCGCUGGUCUCCCUCCUCGCCUCCUCCCUCUCCGGCGCGCUGUCCCUCUUCCCCCCCCUGGCCGGCCGCCUCUCCACCCUACCCGACGGUCGCAUCCUCGUCUCCUGCAAUGACGCUGGCGUCGAAUUUGCCUACGCCACCGCCUACUCGCUCACCCUCCCCGACCUCCUCCCCCCCUCCUCCGAUGUGCCGGCGGCGGUCAAGUCGCUCUUCCCCCUCGACGGCGCCAUCAGCUUCCACGGCCAUUUCCGCCCGCUCGCCUCUUUCCAGCUCACCGAGCUCGCGGACGGCGCCGUGUUCCUCGGCGCGGCCGUCAACCACGCCGUCGUCGAUGGGACCUCGUUCUGGAACUUCUUCAACGCGUGGGCGGAGCUCUGCCGCCGCGGCUCCCCCUCGCCGCCGGACUUUCGCCGAAACUACUUCGGCGACUCUAAGGCGGUGCUUCGGUUCCCCGGCGGACGCGGCCCCGAGGUGACGUUUCCGGUGGACGCGCCGCUUCGAGAGCGGAUCUUCCGCUUAAGCCGGGAGGCCAUUUUCGAGCUCAAAUCGAGGGCCAACGACGGCUUCGCAAACGUCGCGGCCGUCGGUGAUCCCAACGCCGAGAUAUAUGGCAAGCAAGUCCACGACCCGAAGGCGGUGAUGGCGUACAAAGAGGAGCAGAUCUCUUCCUUCCAGUCACUGUGCGCCCACGUGUGGCGGUCCGUGACGCGGGCUCGGAAGCAGCUGCCGCCGGAGGCGAUGACGACGUUCCGGAUGGCGGUGAACUGCCGGCACCGGGUGGAGCCCCAGGUGGCGCCCGACUACUUCGGGAACGCGAUCCAGAGCAUCCCGACAACGGCGGCGGUGAGGGAGGUGGUGGGGCGGGACCUCCGCUGGGCGGCGGGGCUGCUGCACCGCAACGUGGCGUCGCAUGGAAACGAGACGAUCCGACGUGGCGUGGCGGUGUGGGAGGCGGCGCCGCGGUGCUUCCCACUGGGGAACCCGGACGGGGCGGGAUUGACGAUGGGCAGCUCCCACCGGUUCCCCAUGUACGAGGGAAACGACUUCGGGUGGGGCCUCCCGGCGGCGGUUCGGAGCGGCAGGGCGAACAAGUUCGACGGGAAGAUGUCGGCGUUCCCUGGGAGGGAGGGCGGGGGUAGCGUGGAGUUGGAGGUGUGCCUGGCGCCGGAGACCAUGGAAGCGCUCCUCCGCGACGAGGAGUUCAUGAGCUACGUCACGGAGUAGAGCGGCUGCGGCGGAGGCAGCAGCAGCGACGAAGCCGUCGCACCGUCACACCGUCCCGCGUCGGAGCCAGAAACUGUCGAUCAACUGCUCCACGUUAUAUCCACACGUCCGCUGUUUUAACUCGUUCCCCGUCUUGGCAUUUUGUUUGCUCUCCAGCAAGUGUCUGGGGCUUAGUGUGCUGCUUCUGCUGCUGCUGCUGUGUCGGUUUGGUUCCCUCAAGUCUAAUCUCGAGUUGGUCUGCGUCCUCUUCCGGUAUAAUUUGUUAUGUACGUCGAAGCUUAUCCUCUUCUUCUUC